AUGCGGGUCUCCCCCACUUCCCAGGAACACCGAUCCCUCAACGCCGCGGGUGAUGAGAAGACAGAGGUGGAAGAUGACACGGGAGGUGACAAGAUGGAAAUAGACACGGAAGAUGCAGAAAUUUUCGAAGCGCUCAAACGUUACCGGGACGCAAUUAUACGAGGGGAAAGUCAAGACACGAUCGAGACCUUGGCCGAGACUGAGUUGCCUGACUUUCCCGAGCUCAGCUCUCACAAGUAUAUUAAGAAACUUGUCCUCACUCUGGAUCCAGAGGAUCUUUCAAGCGUCAAAUGCACUGCGGACCUGUUAAAACGGGUCGACAAGGCCCAGCUCAAAGACACAUUCUACAAAUCCUUGCAAGCUGUUCAAGGCAAGGCUAAAGAAAUGAAAGCCAGCUACCGAAGUCUUCUCGAAGCUCAAUUGAAAGAUGGCAGCUCCUCCAGAGACCAAUCCGUGACAACGCACAUGGAUCAUUACGAAGAUGAACUUGAUCAAACAUCCGACAUGCAAAGACUCAUCAAAGAAGCAGAAACGUACAAGAAGCACCUCCCGGAUAUUCUGCAUGAAUUCCCCAUCGGUCACGUCCUUGCCGAGGAGAUUUGCUCAGUAGCUAGCAGUGCUUCAGAGCUCUGGGAUAGACUUGAGCUCAGUAAAGGUGAACAAAGCGAGCUGAUCGCCCAUGAAAAAAAGCGCGAGUUCCUCAACAGCAUACCCGUGGGACUAGCUCGACCCUCAGCGCAUAUCACGACGGAGGAAGAGCAUUCGUACGCGCUUCUGCAAAAACGAAGACUCUUGCUGAAGAUCUUGAAAGAUCCUGAUUCAGAGUAG